GGUGAGAGAGAAUAAUAGAAAUAAGAAAAAAGAAGAAUUUAGAACCGUUGGAUCACUCUGGUUCUGAUCUGUACUUUUGGGUCGCUCAGAAGAAGCCAUGAAUGCUGUAGAUCCGGGUGUCUCAUACAACAUUCGUCGCAUUGUAAUUACCAUUUGAUUCUUAAUCUCUUCGAACUUGGGAUCUCAAGAGUGUGUUGUGUUGUGUUGGAUGCUAUUUUUGGAAUUUGGUGUGCCAAGUUUAGCUGCUUCUACUCUUCAAUGGUGGGUUUUUUCUGCGUGCUUUGGACUUCAAUGGCGGCUUAGUGUCUGCUCAAGUUUCAAUUUUGAGGUUUGAACUGGAUACCCUUUUAGCCUUAUACUGAAACGCCCCAAUUGGGAUCUGCUAUUGGCUAAAUAUUCUUCUAGGGUUUCAGGAGGAGGACGAAACUAUCUUCAAUUUUGGUUUUGGGUGUUUAUUGCAAAUGAAUGUGGGUUGUUGCUGAAAUUGGUAUUUGGAGAUUGCAUUUGUUGCUGUAGGUGUUAAUAAUUGUGGGUUGUGUCUUAAGGGGGUUGAAGGUUUUUGAAUUGGGAUUGUGUUAUGGAGAAUUUGAAGUGAGAGUUGUUUGGCACUGCAUUGGGCAGGGGUAGUGGAGAUGCCGCCUUCACCUGCAUUUAGAUGCUCACCUGGGAGCCAGCCAAGAUCGGAAAGUCAUAAGCGUGGGCGCAGUCUUGAAAGUGGGUUGGUAUUAAGGGAGAAAGAUGAUGAUCUUGCUUUGUUCAAUGAAAUGCAGUCAAGAGAAAGUGAUAAUUUUUUGCUUCAGUCGUCGGAUGACUUGGAGGACACAUUCUCAACGAAGUUGAGAAAUUUUUCUGAUAUCAAGCUUGGGAUAUCCAUUCCUGCUCGAGGAGAAACCAAUGACUUGCUUAUUGCAGAUGGUGACAAGAAUGACUAUGAUUGGCUAUUGACACCCCCAGACACGCCACUUUUUCCUUCAUUGGAUGAUGAGCCACAACAAAUAAACAUUGUAAGCAGAGGAAGACCUCUGAGUAAACCCAUUUCCAUAUCAAGAUCUUCUACGAUGGAGAGAAGUUACAGAAGCAGUAGGGGUAGUGCAAGUCCAAAUCGCUUAAGUCCAUCUCCUCGUUCGGGAAAUAAUACAUUGCAGUCAAGGGGGAGUUCUUCAUCUGCACCAAGUUCUAGUCCAACUCAAAAUUUACAGCAUGCUACUCAUUCAAGAAGGUCUUCUACGCCUCCAACUAAGCCCAUUACACCUGGUCCCAGGUCUUCCACUCCUACUCCUCGCCGAAUCAGCACUGGCUCCAGUGGUCCUGCAGUCUCACCAGGGAAUAGGGGAACUUCCCCUGCUAAGACCAGCGGUCCUACAGUCUCACCAGGGAAUAGGGGAAUUUCCCCUGUUAAGACAAGUCGUGGAAAUUCUGCUUCACCAAAGAUAAGGGCAUGGCAAACUAAUAUUCCUGGUUUCCCUUCUGAAGCUCCUCCUAAUCUUCGUACUUCUUUGGCUGAUCGACCAGCAUCAUAUGUGAGGGGUUCGUCUCCAGCAUCCAGAAAUGGUAGGAGUAGGCAAUCAAUGUCUCCCACUCCUUCCAGGAGCAGCAGCUCUUUUCACAAUCAUGAUCGAGACCAAUAUAGCUCACACAGCAAAGGCUCCGUCGUAUCAUCUGGUGAUGAUGAUCAAGACUCUCCUCAGUCCAUCCCAGUGAGUAGUUUAGACAGAUUGGGUUCUAGAAGAGGUGGUUCCGUUUCAAGCAGCAAAACUCCCUUGAAUUCCAAGAAAUCAGCCAGGGCGAUGUCUCCAAGUUCUGCUCCUAAAAGAUCUUUUGACUCUGCUCUCCGGCAAAUGGAUAGAAAAAUUCCUCAGAACAUGUUCAGGCCACUUUUAUCAAGUGUGCCAAGCACAACCUUAUAUGCUGGAAAAUCAAAUUCUGCACAACGUUCCCUGGUAUCUAGGAAUUCCUCUGUUACAACAAGCAGCAAUACAAGCUCUGAUCAUGGCACAAGUUUUGCACCGGAUACUGAAGGGGGUGACCAUAAUCAAGAUGAUGUGGCAAGUGAAACUGGGAAGAUAUCAUAUACUGAUAUUCAUGAAGAAAUAUUUUCCUUUGAUAAAACUGAUUUAUUGAAUGCACAAAUUGAGCAUGAGAUUGAUGAUGAAUCAGUUGAUAUCUUGCACAAUAAUCCUAGAAGCCCUAUGAUUGCUUUAGGCCUUACUGAAUCUGAAGAUUCUGUUUAUCAUGGUAUCGACACAAAAUUCAUUGAAAGUUUAGAAACUUCCGGUGGCACAGGGGACAUUUCUCUGACUGAUAGUUUUAAGAACACGGAAAUGUGUUCUCAUUGUGGUAGUCAAUAUGAGGUUACUGAUCCAGCUGAAAAAGAUGUUAGGCUUUGUCCAGAAUGCAGCAGGAAAAACACAUUGUUGAGACAUGUAAUCUCAGAGACAACUUCUGCAGUGUCCAGAGACUCUGCAGUGAUUUCUUCAAACGAACCUGCAGAAGGAAAACCAUUAGCUGAAACAGAGGAACUAACCGUUUUGUCUGAACUGCCUCAAGAGACUGAUUUGAGCAACAUCAGGCUUUCUCUUGGCAAUCUGGAUGCUGAGGAAAGUCAAACUUUGUCCAUUGAGUUUAUUCAGGAUCACUCACAACAAAGUCCUCUUCCGAGUCCACUUGUGGAGAGAAGUGGCGAGAUGCCUACCAAACAGCUAGAGGUGGACCAGUCGGGGGCUGAUCACAAGUCAGAUAAUCAUUCGGAUGAUCAGAAAUUGUUUCAUUCAAAUUUGAAAGCAGACCUCUUGGAAGGCACUGGCAUUUCCGUACUGCUCAAACGGUCAAGCAGCAGCAAAGGACCUGUAGUUCAGACAAGAACUUUCACUGCUACUACCAUAUCUUAUGAUGAUCUUUCUUUUGCGAGAAGCAGCAUUAACAGCAUUAGAAGUUCCACUAGGCAUGGGAGUUCUUCUGCCUCAUCAUCUGUUGAUUUCAGCUCAGCUAGACAUUCUGAGUUUCGUGUCCAACGGCAGUCAAGUGGCAGGAAAUUGGAUACAGACUGUGGAUAUGACAUUAGGAUCAGGCCUCCAAGCCCUGGUUCAUCUUUUUCUGGAGCAUCUCACAAUUCUCACCAUGGAUUAGGUCUUGCAACACAAGACACUUCUAUCAAUACAGAGUGUGGUAAUCCAGAGGAGAUACCCCUGAAUCUACGACAAAUGGAAGCUUCAGAAAAUGCAGUGACAGACGUAAUUGGUGCUUCUUCUAUGGGUUUAAUGGUCGGCGAGGAAGAUAAACCUGAAUAUCAUCAUGGUAGAGUAACUGAUGCUUGUAGCUCAGAAUCAGUAAGCCAGGCUACUGGUGUUCAGCCUGACGACAAUUCAGUGGCAUCAUUUCCAAAUCCUGGGGAUUGUAUUUCAUAUGACAAUAUUGAAGAUCAUACAAAAAAUGCAAGCAAUGUCUCAAAUAUAGAAACAUCAGUUAAGGAUCCAGAUUCACCCUUUGAUGAGAAACAUGAUAAGGAGAGCUCUCAUGUUGAUGGAGUGGAUGCUUUGGUAACUACCAGUACUUCUAGAAUUGAAGAAUCAGAAAUAGAAGGGGAAAACUGUUGUCGGAAUAAUACUGGUGUGGUGGAUGAUGAUCCAUCACUAGUAUCAAAGAGCACUGUCUAUGACUCUCAGGAGCCAAGUUUUUCCAAUGAUUGUCUUACAGCUUCUGUUUCUGAGCUCAAUGCCCCUGAGCACUCUCAUGGCAUAGAGGAAUCCACAGUUACAGUGGAGUGUCAAAGUGGAGGAGGGAACACAAGAAGCCUAACCCUUGAAGAGGCAACAGAUACAAUACUAUUUUGCAGCUCCAUCAUCCAUGAUCUUGCAUAUCAGGCUGCAACUAUAGCAAUGGAAAAGGAACACUUGGAUGAACCACUGGAAGGUUCUGAGCCAACAGUGACUAUCCUGGGGAAAACCAAUUCUAACAGAAAGUAUUCGCCCCGCCGAACUGCCGGCAAGCGCACUGCGAAACCCCAGAAGGCGAGGCCGAGGGGGGCGGUGGAAACUGAUGUAAAACCUACUUCCCCUGAGACUGAGAAUGAUGAGAAUAAAGAUGAGUCUUUGACACGCAAUGUGGGGCUUCCUAACAAGGUAGACAGCAACAUAAAGCUCCCUAAUAAGCUUGAAUCAAAGUGUAAUUGCGUCAUAAUGUGAGAGUGCAAAGUUCAUCAUUUUGAUUUUUGGUUUGAAGAAUACGUUGGUUCCAAUAUAUAUAUUGUGAGAAAUGCCACUUUGUAAAGUUAAUUUUUUUGUUGGUAGGCCAUUAAUUAGAGGUAAUUGGAGGAUUAUAUUUUCUCCAUAGCUGCAUUCUUGUUGUUUGAUUUCCAUAUCAUUGUAAGUCAUCCAUCAAUGGAAGUGUGAAGUAGAACUCACUCAAUUCAUAUUCGUUA